AGUUCGCUUACCUACACAGCCCGUGUAGCCUAUGUGUGUGCGCCGCUCAAACAUCCGCAAGCCGGGCUGCGGAUCACGCCCGGUCUCCGACCACCAGAGAGGAUGGGUGAAAAGCGAGACGAACCGAACCUGUCCUAUCGCAAUGGGAUUAGUCAGAUCCAGUUGUACGGAGAAUUCACGACCAAGGCCAGCCGAAAGGUCAGGUAUGCCGUGAGCCUGACGGAGAGGGAUCUUACUGUCCAGAAGAUCACCUCGGCACCUGCAGGACGGAGUAAGGUGGUCUUCAACUUGCGGGACUGUGUCGGAUGUCGGGCUUUUAAAGCAGACGAUAACACUGAUGUGGGAGCAUAUUUUUCUGCCUACUUUUACCCGUUUAAGAAGCGAUGGAUGAGCUCUGGGGUAGCGCGACAACGGACAGAACAGUGCUUUCGGGUCGCGUCGGGAUUGGACCCUCACUUGAACCUAGAGGAGGCUCAGCGAUGGGCUCGAGCCAUCAGUGAAGGCUCCGCGCAUCAACGGCCUCAGCGAAAUGGUAUCCUGUACAGUGAGGUGCGGCGUCCCUGUAAGGUGCUGCUGCUGCUGAACCCCCACAGCGGUAAAGGCCAGGCUCUGUCCCUCUUCACCGGACACGUCCAGCGCAUGCUCCACGAGGCCGCCAUCCCACACACUCUCGUCGUCACAGAGAGGCAGAACCACGCGCGGGAGCUGGUGAGGGAGGCCGACCUGACCAAGUGGGACGCCCUCGUCAUCAUGUCGGGAGACGGCCUGCUGUUUGAGGUGGUGAACGGGCUGAUGGAGAGGGAGGACUGGGAGGAGGCCAUUCAGACCCCGCUGGGGAUCCUCCCAGGUGGCUCUGGGAACGCACUGGCUGCCUCCAUCCAUCACUAUGCAGGGUCUCAGCCGGUGUCCAGUGAGGAGCUGCUGGUGAGCUGCGGGUUCCUGCUGUGCAAGGGCCUGGUGGCGCGGCUGGACCUGGCGUCCGUGUGCCUGGGCUCGGCCCCGCAGCCGCAGCGCCUCUUCUCCUUCCUGUCGCUGGCCUGGGGCUUCGUGGCCGACGUGGACAUCGAGAGCGAGAAGUACCGCCACGUGGGCGCCGCCCGCUUCACCGUGGGCACGCUGGUGCGCUUGGCCUCGCUGCGCGUCUACCAGGGCAAGCUGGCGUACCUGCCCGCCGAGACCACACCCGUCGCGGCAUCGACGUCGACGUCGCCGGACGCGUCGUCGCCGUCUCCCGCGUCGUCCUCGACUACCUCGGAGGUGCCGUCGGGCCUCGGCCCCGCCUCCACCUCCCCCCACGGCCUCUGCUCGUCGCUGGUGUGCCGCUCCUCGAGAACCUCGCCCGGCCAGAAUGUCGCGCACACCUUCCACAACUACUGCAACUCCAACAACGCCUUCAAGGACAAGCGAGGCCGGGAAAAGCCCCCCCCGGCCCCCCCUUCCUCGGGGCCCUGCCGCGGCGGGCCGCCGGACUCCCUCCUGGUGCCCCUGGACCAGCCGGUGCCCAGCGACUGGACGGUGGUGCCCGAGGAGGACUUCGUGCUGGUGCUGGCCAUGUACCAGUCGCACCUGUCGGAGGACCUGCAGGCGGCGCCCGACUCCGCGCUGGCGGACGGCCUCAUCCACCUCUUCUACAUCAGGGCGGGCAUCUCGCGCGCCACCCUGCUCCGCCUCUUCCUGGCCAUGGAGAAGGGCGCCCACGUGGCCGCCAGCUGCCCGCACAUGGUCCACGCCAAGGUGCGGGCGCUGCGCCUGGAGCCGUACUCGGCCAAGGGCACCAUCACGGUGGACGGCGAGCUGGUGGACUACGGGCCGGUGCAGGCCCAGGUGCACGGCGGCCUGGCGCGGCUCAUCGCCAGCUAGGGCGAAAAAGAACGCGCGGGGGGAAAAAACGCGACCGUCACGACACCUCCUCGACCGACCCCAAAGGCUACGACGACUGCGCGAGUUUUAGAGACUAUUUUGAUUCCUGCUGCUUUAAAAAGGAAAGUGCAAUUUGGUGUAGAUCUGAGUCAAAUGCAUAUCCAAUGACGAGGCAAAUGUCAGGCGAAACGAGGGCACGCCCGUUUUAAGACGAUACGAGCCCUUGAAAAUACAUCUGUGUUCCAGCACUCCAAAAGUGGCUCCAAAUAACCCAGAUAUGUCAUGCGCGACAUCUCCACGAGUCCACGCUAAGACGCGGCAGAUAUGGAUUUGACCCAGGUCUAAUAUUGUGAUAAAUGCCUCUGGAGACAACUAAGAUUCAUUUUUAUUUUUCUACUGAUUUUCCUCUUUCUUCCUCCCCGCCCCCAUUUGCCUCUCCCUCUCUCUCUCUUUCUCUCUCUCUUUCUUUCUUCCCCAUCCCUCGUUCCCGGCGAUGAGAGCAGGCCCUUGGGGGGGACCCUGAGUAAGCCACGCUCGCUCUGCUGCUGCUUCGUGUUAUCCUGUGAGCCGCUCACGGCUGUGAAUGUGUAGUGACAGUGUGUUACUAGGACCCAGGCCUCGGGCGGGCAGCUACUCCGCUAGUUGUGCUGUCCUCUGCCCCCCCCCCCACAUGAGCCUGUGGGCACACCAUGCAGUGAGGGAGGAGUAGUAACGUAGUAUCCCUUCACCACGCUGCCCGCAGUUUAAAAACAAACGCACUAACCAGUCACACUGCAGCAUGUUGUUUUUUUAACGGGCCGGGGUGUCAACUCAACUUGAAUUAUCUUGCUCAUAUGCAGUCUGUGUUCGCUUUCUAUCUCUUUCGUUUUGGGUUUUUUUUUUGUCGGUCAGAUGUUUGGCAGUCAAGGCUGCUUUGACUCAGCGAGACAAGCGACAGCUGAAGGCCAGUGGUGGCAAUGAUGUAACCCCCCUCCCCUCCCCUCCCCUCCAACACACACACACACACACACACACACACACACACACACUCGGGCAGUCGCGUGGGCCAUGUGACACUACUGUGGGAGAGUGGAGGAGGAGGAGGAGGAGGAGGAGGAGGAGGAGAAGGAGGAAGCACUCACGCACUACUCUACUCCUCUUGUGCUCCUCCACCACAGCACCUCCACCCCGUUCAGUUCAGUUCCCCCCCCAGCAUAUUUCACCAACCAAUAAGAGAGCUGCCAGUGCAGUGUUGAGGUGCGGCCUGGCGGAGAUCAGGUUGGGUGGAUGGCAGUGAGUGGC